AUGUCUAAUUUUCUAAGGAAGAAGCUCCACCUCUGCUUUUCUUCCUCCGGUGGUCUCUCGCCGGCGAUUCCUUCUUCUCCGAUUGUCGUAUCCAGUUCCAGUCACAACCCUCCAUCUGAUCAUCAUCACACUCCUUCGAUCUUCAUCAACAACUUCAACUCCCUCUAUGAUCACCUAUCUGUUUCCCCUCCUCUAUACCGUCGCGAUAAUACUAACUUCGUAACCGCCGCUGCAUUCACCAUCACAACACCCAAAUCCGGCGACAAUGGAUCCGGAUUGUUCGCCGGCGGAAUGCAUCCUUCUUCUCCGCGUAGAGCGGACGACGUCGCCGACGAAGAAGAAGAGAACUCCGCCGUCGUAUCAAAUCUUUUAAGCGGCGGAACGGCGAUUAUGAAGCACAUUGACUCGCCGGAUCCGUACAGAGAUUUCGGCAUGUCGAUGAGAGAGAUGGUGGAAGCUAGGGAUCCGACGACGAGAGACGUCGCCGACGAUAGAGAAUACUUGCACGAAUUGCUCUUCUGCUAUCUCUCCUUGAAUCCGAAACACACUCAUAGAUUCAUCGUCUCUGCUUUCGCCGAUACACUCCUCUGGUUACUUUCUCCGUCGUCGUCGUCGCCGGAGAAUGUUCUAUCCCAGUCGAUUUAA